AAUCUGCAGACCCUGAAAAGGACUUGUAUCUGAGCUGUGCUGCCACUGCUGGAGAGCUCCAAACCUGAGGAAGCCGCAAAAAUGUCCACAUGUGAGUUUGAGUCAUUAGAAAAAUCUCUGGAGUCGCACCUGCCAGAGGCCGAGCUGGCGGAGGUGAAACGCAUCUUAUUUGGGAGGGAAACGCAGAAGUUGGACCUCCCAGUCUUAGCUGUGCAAGCUGCCUCUGAGCAUGACUUUGAAUUGAAAGGAUUCAGGUUUGAUGCUGUACAGGAGCAACUGAGACCACCCAGAAGGAUUCGGGUGGGACUCGUUCAGCACCACAUUGUUCUGCCUACCGAUGCCCCAAUUUUGGACCAGGUCAGCGCCAUACAUGGCCGCGUUGGUGAAAUAGUUGAAGUCGCUGCCAUGUGUGAUGUUAACAUCAUCUGCUUUCAGGAGACCUGGACCAUGCCCUUUGCCUUCUGCACCCGUGAGAAAGAACCAUGGACAGAGUUUGCAGAGUCUGCUGAGAAAGGAAACACCACACGUUUCUGCCAGGAGCUGGCCAAAAAGUACAACAUGGUCAUUGUUUCCCCAAUUCUGGAGAGAGAAGACCUACACAGCACUCUGUGGAACACAGCUGUGGUGAUCUCCAACUCUGGAAAUGUGCUGGGAAAAAGCAGGAAGAACCAUAUUCCCAGGGUCGGAGACUUUAAUGAGUCCACAUAUUAUAUGGAGGGUGACACAGGCCACACAGUGUUCGAGACACAGUUUGGAAAGAUUGCUGUGAAUAUCUGCUACGGUCGUCAUCAUCCUCUAAACUGGUUCAUGUACAGCAUGAAUGGAGCUGAGAUCAUCUUCAACCCCUCGGCCACUGUGGGAACUCUCAGUGAGCCCAUGUGGCCUAUAGAGGCCAGGAACGCAGCAAUAGCUAACCACUGUUUUACAUGUGCCAUCAACCGUGUUGGGACGGAACAUUUCAAAAGUGAAUUCACGUCAGGUGAUGGAAAAAAAGCUCACCACGACUUCGGACAUUUCUAUGGCUCCAGUUAUGUGGCUGCUCCUGACGGCAGCCGCACCCCAGGGCUCUCCAGGACCCGGGAUGGACUGCUGGUAGUAGAAAUGGAUCUUAACCUUAACAGACAAGUCAGUGACAAAUGGAGUUUUAAGAUGACUGGGAGAUAUGCAGAGUAUGCAGAGGAACUUACCAAGGCUGCUAGACAUGACUUUAAACCCAAAAUAGUGAAGGAGUAGAAUCUAUUCUGCAGAUAAAGUAUCCUGUACAUUUAUUUUAAUUAGUUUUAGCAAAACAAACAUUCAGUAUCAUACUAAUUAAAUCAAGUCUGUCAGUAUUUUAUCCCUUAAAUAGGUCAAACCAGCCCUUUACUUUCCAUAUGGGAGUACGUAGUUUAAUUUCAGAAUUUGACAUGCCAGAGUUUUUCAGCUCUGUUCAGUCUACAUGUGUUUGUCAAAGCUAAAAGUAUUUGAGGCAACAUCCCAAAAUAACUCCAACCACCACUGAUAAUGACCAUGGGAUAACGUUAGAUACACACCAGUUCCAUAUUGCUUCCAAGGAGCCACACUUUCACGUGAUCAUUUAAUGUGGUCUUGAAACAAAAUAGUAUUCUUGCACUGACAAGGUUAUGCCUCUGCUAAAAAUCCAGCAUAUAUAAGCAUAGUGUGGAGUUAAAAAAUAUUAGUAAACUGGACAAACAAAUAAGUGAAGAAGAUCUGAGAGAUGCAUUUUAACUUUUACUUGACCCAUCUACUGUUCGCUGAAGCCUCAUCAGAAGUAGUCUCCAUGGAGGUUAAGGAAAGGAAACGGGGAAAAAAAAGAAGACUGAGGUAUGCCAAACGACACAAGAACUGGACUGAAAACAGUAGCAUCUGGUCUGAUGGAGGAAUGAAUACUCCAGACCUCAACGCUGAACAGAACAAAAGGCAGCCAUCAUCUGAAGAAGAGCUAAGAAAUGUCCUUCAAGAAGCCUGGAGAACUGUCCCUGAAAACUACCUAAAAAAAUACUAAAGAGUUUGUCUCUUUAGAGUAAGAGUUUAGUAAGAAUCAAACAAACUGUUUUUCCUCAAAUACUGUUUUUCAUUUAUAUUUACUCCUUUCAAUAAAUCACUGCAACAAUUUCCUGUUUGUAUGGAAACAAAGAAAUGAGUACUGCAAUGUUAAGAAAUAACUAACGUUUCAUGGCAAUGUCCAUGGCAAAUGUACUACGAUAAAAUGAACUCAAUAAAGGAUGUGGCUUGUA